UCUAGGAAGCGUUGCAGCAGAGUCAGCCGCCGCCGCCUCCGCCGCCUGUCAUAGCGUUUGAUCUAUCCUCUAAGUUCCCACUGCGUCUGUCUUGUAUAAACCAAACUCCACACAUCUCUGUUGGUGUUGACAUCAAGGAGUCAAGGACAAAGCGAGCUCAGCUCGGACAGAAGAAGAUGAUUCGGACCCUUUUCCUGCUGUGUUUCCCACUUUUCCCCUUUGUUUCACCAGCUCAGGUGGCGCCUCCCACCAACGUCACCCUUACCUGCCGCAACCAGAAGAACAUACUGAAGUGGGACUAUGACCAGCCCCCUGACCAGGGACUGAGAUUCAGGGUCAAUAUUAAAUCCGACAACCCCCUCAAAGGUUGCAAAGAUGAACUGUGGGUAGACUACCCUGCUCUUCAAGCGGAUGUUUCGUUUCUCUCAGAUCCAGAUAAUACAUAUAUGCUUGAAGUGAAAGCUGUGUUGGGACAGAAUGAGUCUGAUGUUUCCCCACAGGAGGGACUCAUAUUCAGCUAUUUCUAUGGUUCUCCGCUUGCCCAAAAAAUAUGCCUUCUGGACCUUCCGCCCGUUAAUAUCACCUACCUAUCGAAUACCAAGAUCCACCUCCAGUUCAGACACCCUUGGUUGUUGUACGGGGAAGGGGUGUCCAGAUGUAAUAAAGAAAAUGAAAAGAAGAAAAAGAAAAGCCACUCCAAAAGGACUGCAUAUUUACCGCUUUUUUCAUAUAAUGUCCAGAUGGUCGGCCAGGAGAAUAAACAGCACAACUUUGACUGUGAGGAGGAGAUGUGUGAGGAAAAUCUGUCGGUGGAUGCUGCACAGGACGAACAUUGUCUGACAAUCGAGGGAAAACUCCGUAAAAUGUCUGUGGUGUCCACAGAGGACUACUGCAUCACAAAACAACCACCUUCUAACAAUCAAACCGGCGUCUAUGUCGGGACCUUUGUUGGUAUCUUGGUGGUGUUGGCAGCUGCUUUAAUCGCCUACAUGGUUUACCGGAAGAAGACGUCGCCAUCUAGUGAUAUACUCCCUCUAUUCUUUGGGAUUCAAAAGCGGCAGCCACCUUUCUUCCAGCCUCUUAAUGACCAGGUCAGUCCUACGGAGGCUUUCCCCGUCGUUUCGCCGAAGAGCACUGAAGAGCGCGAAGAGGAAAGCGUCAGUCCGUCACAAGAUGCAUCUAAAGAGGAUAAUGAACACUUGAAGUUGCCACCUGACAACGAAGAGCUGGAGGGAGGCCAGGCGACCGGUGAGCAGGACCCAUACAUGUGUGACAAGUUCAACGAAGGUGACGACCCAGAAUCCGACCAGGAGAACGUCUCUCCCUAUGAGAGCCAUCCCGUAGUGCUGGAGUUGGCCCCUGAGGACCGUGCAGAGGGAUACCGAGGCUAAAGAAAAUAAAACAAAACACUCAUUGUUUGAUCAAGAGGAAAAUACUAAUUUCAGUCAGAAAAAGGGAACGAGUCCAUCAGUUGCAAUUGCAUUUUAUCCCUUUGCCUCAGUAAUGUCUGGCUGAUUGCUAAAAGUGUUGAAAAUACUUUAGACUGUUAAAACUAACUAGACAUAUAAAGCCCCAAUCACAGCUUUUUCCGGGCUGAGGAUACUAGCAUUAAAAUGCAUAAUGAGCUCAGCUUUUGCACUUUUUUAUACAUUCCAAUAGCUGUAGUUGCUCAUUAGAAUAAUGUAGAGUUAGACUCAGAACACCUUUAGCUUUAAUUAUAGUGGCACCGCGAAUCUCCUUUAAUGUAGACUAAUAAAACUUACCACUUUAUCUUUCAUUUCAUGAAAUGUGGCCCUGCUGUAAAGGGUAUCAAGUCCUUUUCAUGCAUUUUAACUGUGCACCUUAUUUAGGAUAGUUGUGGCGGAUGUAUGUGUUUGUUGUCUGUAGAGGUUAGAGGUCAAUCAGUGCCAUAAGUCUCACUCAGUUUGGCUUUACUUAGGUAGACAAUUUAUUUAAUGCAUUUUCCUAUAUUAACCAUUCAACUGUAUUCUCUCAUUAAUGCACCUUCCUAUCAGACGUCGUUUCUAACAGUAAUCGGUUCUGCUUGAGAGGAAAGACAAAGGCAGUCCAAUGACAGAGAUGCUGGAAAUAUAUUGAAAUGAUGACUUGACUAAAAAACACCAGAAUCUAGAUUUUUUUAAAGGUUUAGGAAUAAUAGGUGUGAAGAUCUUCAUCGCUAUCUAUCUUCUUAAGAUCGAUUAGGCUAUGAUCACGCUGAGUAUGAAUGGAGUGAUUGUUAAGAUGUUAAGAUGUCUCAACGGUGCAGAUUAACAAAGGAUGCGUUUAAAGCCAUGCAAAGAGAGCAAAGCAAUACUUUGCUGGAGUUUAAACAACCUGAACUUUUCUGUCGACUUGUGUUAAGUUGACAAAUCAGGGACUGGAAGGGGUUUUGGUGGAGUUUUAAUUUUUUUAAAAACAGUAUUUGCAGGUCCUGAUGCUGGGUUCUGGACAGAUUGAAGCCAUCAUCCAGCUGCAGCCGCUGAUGCAGGUGGAUAUGGGCUUCUAUCAAUCACAUGAGAGCAGAUCUGAAGCUGUUGUUCACCAUUGAUGCCAACUUUAGCAUUAGUAGCUGAUGGUAAACCACGGUUUCCUCCUCGUGCCUCAUAUUUAUCAUUUAGAGUGACAGUUGUUUAAGGCGUCUCUGUGUCAGAUGAGCUAAUAUGGAGUCACAGCUUCAGACUGUCGGGUCCAUUUAUUGACUCUGCUUCCCGUGAGGCUGCCAGAAGAGCUUCCCCCAGCUGUUAGUUUAGGGGACUAAUUAUAUCUGGUGCUUAGCUGUUUAGCCACAGCGCCGCUCUUUUAUAAUCUUCAUGUCUACCGGAUCUAGACCGUGCUCCUCCAGUUGAUGACCUCUGGGCUGAGUCUCAAACACCAGAAUUUGUAUUGAGGGAAAUGAUGCUUGCUAGGCCAUUAUAUAUUCCCCCUGUUGCAUUUGUGCCUUUGAAGGUUACCUUGACUACCUGAGAUGAACACCUUCUUGAUUUUAUAUUUUAUUAUUUUUAGAAGUUUGCACCCUCUUUAUUCUGCUAUGCUACCAAAUCUGGAAUAUCCAGCUGGAGAACAGAGUUAAAGUGAGACUGAGCUGCUGCUCAUCACUUUGUGUUGAUUUGCAACCCCAAAACAUAGGAGAAAUUCUUCCUUUUUAUCUGUCUUUGUGUUCUAAAUCCCAUAGAAAAGCACUUAAAUCUAGAAUAAAUAUGACAGCUGUGAAAAUGCCACAAGAGUGAAAAGGUUUUUAUUUGUUAAAAACAUUUCUUUGUAGUCUGAAAUAUUGUUGUCUGAAAACCUUUCUAGUUUUCUAUUUUUCUUUUAUAGUAAUAAAAUUCAUGCAUGUUUUUUUUCAUUCUGUUUUAUUAAAAAUAAAUAUGUUGAUUCUAAGUACAGAACCUCAUUGCUGUCACGUCUGAGUCUUUCCACUUAUGAAGGGAAGUUGGCAUUAGGGACAUGCAGCGCAGGUGGAAUGGGCCCUUCAGACUAACACAUCAGGUUCUGUUUUAAAGGAAGAACCACGGCCGUCAUGGCGGGUCGUGACAUUUGAUCGUUCUACUCUGCCUGUUCCUCUUAACAGUGAGGAGGAAGACAUUCUGUUGGUGUUUAGAUGCAUUUCCCUCCUUUUUGAUUGUGCGUCUGUCGGAACGCCCAUAUUUGGGCUUCCUGAACUCGUUACCUGCGUAAUCCUUUAAUUAUACGUUUCUGUUUUCUUGUAAUCUGCUUCUGUGAUUACCAGCCUGCCUUAUUGUUGAUGCACUGUUGAUAAUCAUAAAAAUUAACAAUAAAGAACCUGUAGUCUGAGGACAAUCAACUUUUUAUAUCUGAAUAAAUUCAGAUGAAAAGAGUGUAAAAUGAUUAUACAGUAUAAAUCAUUAUAUGUCUCCAAGCUUUAACUAAGACCAUCUACCGUAUAUUUUCACACCCCAUGCCCUAACAUUUCUUACUACAACCUUUGUUGUAUUUUAUGUGAUUAUGAACUAACACAAUGCUGUGCAUGGCUGGAAGUUGGUGUUUAAACAUAUUUUGUAAAUAAAAGUUUGGAAUGCC